GGAAUGGAUAACGAAGAAGAUGCCUCUUGCUAUAUGGUCGAAGAGAGAGCUUUUGAAUAUGACUAUGAUGAAGGAUUUGAUUGGGAGAAUAUGACCGAAGCUCAAUGUAAUUGCUCCCAUCCACUUCAUAAAUUCCUUCAGGCAUGUUCUGUUUGCAUAAAUCGCUGUUUCGUCGCUCCAAACACAUUGCUCUUUGGUUUAACAGAAGAAGAGGUCUUCGAAGCUGCACUUCCAGCCUUGCUAUACCUCAUUGUUUUUCUUGUCGGGACCGUCGGAAAUGCUAUGGUGAUUUUCGUAGUGAACCGAUUCAAACGGAUGCGGAAUGUAACGAACGUCUUUUUGGCAUCAUUAAGCACAGCUGAUUUAUGUCUUAUAUGGUUUUGUGUACCAAUUAUGUUUGUCAAAUACAUGUCUCAUACGUGGUUUAUGGGACGAUUUGCCUGCUAUUCAGUGCAUUAUAUUCAACAAUUCACCUGUAUUUGCUCAGUACUCACAAUGACGAUGAUCUCAUUUGAGAGAUUCGUUGCUAUUGCAUAUCCUAUGAGGAAUAUGUGGUUAUCGUCAAUUGGCCGAGCAAAAAAGGUUUGUAAAACGUUCAAUACCCUUUCCAAUAAUCUCCGUGAACCUCGUAAUUCCAGUUUGUCAAAUACAUGUCUCAUACGUGGUUUAUGGGANAGAUUUCCCAAUGGAUUUCUCGGGUAUUCUCGAAUAAAAUUGAAUCGAAUCUAUGCAGUGUAUCAGAUGUUACUUCUGAUCGUCUUUCCCGUGGUAACGAUGUCCAUAUGUUAUGCUCGUGUUUCCGUCAUCGUUUAUACGUCAUCGAAAAGCCGACUAGCGUUAUCACAAGCUAUGUGCGUCUCAGCUAUUAAAGGCAUCGUCCACGGGCAGUACAGUAUCCCUGUGAUCCUCAUACUUCAGGUUGCGUUCAGUAAAGCGGCAACCGAUGCUGUUCACUUUUCUGGAUACAGUACAAUUCCAAUGAUUUCUACAAGUCGAGAAUUGAAAUCUGCUACGUCGACUAUAAACGCAUAUACGAAGCAUAAAUCGGCUCGUGUAGCUGAAGCAAACAAAAAACAGAUAGUUCAAAUGCUCAUUUCAAUCGUCGUAAUGUACACUGUAUGCUGGUUACCGACAAUCGUUGAUGAACUUCUCACAUCAUUCGGGUACAUUUGUCGUACAUCAAAUACUCCUUCGCUCAAACAUAUGAGAAUGGGAUUCAAUGCAUUGACGUACUGCCAGUCGUGUAUCAAUCCAAUUCUCUACGCAUUCAUUUCACAAAACUUCCGUGCAACCUUCAAAUCGGCGUAUUCCCGUAUGAAACAUCGUCUACAAGUACUACAGAGGUUCCAGUUGCAACAUUUAAGGUCCGCAAUUACGCCAAAUAUGUCGCGAGACGUCUCCCAGUUGUCUUUGUGCCGUCCGGUGUCGUCGUUGUCAACCAGGAUCACUGCAGAUGCUCCCAGCACGUUCAUUACUAGGUGA